CCUGGAACAUCUGCAGGAUGCUGGGUCUCUGGACAGUUGCAUUUUUCCUCUUGGGAGCAGCCCAAGGAAAGGAAGUUUGCUAUGAGGGCCUCGGAUGCUUCUCUGACUCCGAGCCCUGGGCUGGGACUGCAAUCAGACCCCUGAAAGUUCUUCCCUGGAGCCCUGAGAAGAUUGACACCCGCUUCCUCCUCUACACCAACGAGAACCCCAACAACUUUCAAAUUCUCCUUCCCUCUGACCCAUCAACCAUUGAGGCAUCAAAUUUUAAAACAGACAGAAAGACCCGCAUCAUCAUCCAUGGCUAUAUUGACAAAGGAGAUGAGAACUGGGUGUCGGACAUGUGCAAGAACAUGUUCACGGUGGAGGAGGUGAACUGCAUCUGUGUGGACUGGAAGAAAGGCUCCCAGACCACCUACACUCAAGCUGCCAACAAUGUCCGAGUGGUGGGUGCCCAGGUGGCCCAGAUGCUCACUAUGCUCUCGACAAAGUACAACUACCCUGCUUCCCAAGUCCAACUCAUUGGCCACAGCCUAGGAGCUCAUGCAGCUGGAGAAGCAGGGAGCAGGACUCCAGGCCUGGCCAGAAUUACAGGGUUGGAUCCAGUAGAAGCAAGUUUUGAAGGGACUCCUGAAGAAGUUCGCCUUGAUCCCUCUGAUGCCGAACUUGUUGAUGUGAUUCACACGGAUGCAGCCCCCCUGGUCCCGUUCAUGGGUUUCGGAUCCAACCAGCUGAUGGGUCACCUCGACUUCUUCCCCAAUGGAGGGCUAGAGAUGCCAGGCUGCAAGAAGAAUAUCCUGUCACAGAUUGUGGACCUUGAUGGCAUCUGGACAGGAACCCGGGACUUUGUGGCUUGCAAUCACGUCAGAAGCUACAAGUAUUACUCAGAGAGCAUCCUCAACCCUGAUGGGUUUGCUGCCUACCCCUGCACUUCCUACAAGGACUUCCAGGCUGACAAAUGCUUCCCCUGUCCCGAUCAGGGGUGCCCCCAGAUGGGCCAUUAUGCUGAUAAAUUUGCUGGCAAGAACAGUGGGGAGCAGCAGAAAUUCUUCCUGAACACAGGAGAUUCCAGCAGUUUUGCUCGCUGGAGAUACGGUGUUUCUGUGUCAUUGGCUGGAAGAACAGUCACUGGCCAGAUCAAAGUGGCUUUGUUUGGAGACAAGGGGAAUACUCACCAGUUUGAUAUCUUCAGGGGAAUUAUCAAGCCAGGCUCCACUCACUCCAAAGAGUUUGACGCAGAGAUGGAUGUUGGAACAAUCCAGAAAGUCAAGUUUCUCUGGAAUAACAAUGUGGUGAACCCAUCCUUCCCCAAAGUGGGUGCAACCAGGAUCACAGUGCAGAAGGGAGAGGAGAAGACUGUGUACAGCUUCUGCAGCGAACAGACCGUGAGGGAAGAUGUUCUGCUCACCCUCAUGCCCUGUCAGAACACAGCGUAGAGGCUGUGUCCACCUCAAUAAAGUCCACUCCUGCAUCUCUGA